AUGGCCGCAUUCCUGCAGUACCAUGAGCCCGGAAUUGUUUCGAUUCUGAUCCUGAUCAGCUUCUUCACCUUUCUCUGGGUUGCAGGCUACAUCUCCAAGAGGGUCAUCCGCGCCGGCAUCAUCGGCCCUAUCGCCGUGGGAAUCAUCUACGGCGAGCCAUUGGCGAACAUUCUCCAGCACGACUGGCAAGAAACGUUCCUCUACCUGGGCUACAUUGGCCUGGUCCUGAUCAUCUUCGAGGGAGGUCUCACCACUCGCCUGGAUCUGCUCCGCGCGAACCUCACUCUCUCGGUGUUUGGCGCCACGACGGGAGUUGUUCUACCCAUCGCGUUCAGCUACCUACUUCUCUACCUCGGGUUCGGAUAUGGAGCCGUGGAAACGUUCAUCAUCGGGGCGGCGCUCUCGGCGACGAGCCUGGGUACAACAUUCGCCGUGAUUUCAGGGGCGUCAAAGGACGUCGACUUGGCCAACACUCGUGUCGGAGCCAUCCUCGUCAGCGCCGCGGUCAUCGACGAUGUCACCGGCCUGGUCAUGUCAAGUGUGAUUCAUGAUCUAGGAGACCUGCAGUCCGGCGGUACGGGUCUCGGAUGGCUAAUCGGACGACCCAUCCUCGCGUCCGCGUUGAUGGCAAUCCUGACUCCCGUAUUGUCCAAGUGGGUCUUUGCUCCCCUUUUCCGAAAAGUCAUCGAGCCUUAUUUCCAUCGCUUUGACCAUCUCUUCAACAUCAUCUUCAUGAUUCUCGUCCUCUCCGCCUUUCUUUCCAUCGCAGCGUACGCUGGAACAUCAGUCCUCUUCGGCGCUUUUCUCGCCGGAUCGUUCCUCACCUACCUACCAUCUCGACAUCCAGAUGGACCAUUCGUGGUGCUAAGUCGAGAGCAAGGGGAGCGAGAGAAGGGCAAGAGUCCCACCUUUGUGCACACGUUCGAGUACUACUGUCUCGACUUCCAGACAUAUGUUCUGGAGCCGCUCUUUUUCGCGAGCAUCGGGUUCGCGAUUCCGUUCUUGGAUCUCUGGACGGGGAAGGCGAUUUGGAGAGGUGUCGUGUAUACCCUUCUCAUGCUGGUCGCGAAGGCUUUGGUUGGAGUCUGGAUUCUCAUCUGGACCGCCGCGAAGCGAUCGACAGCCGGCGAAGGUAGCCGCGGGAAGGGAAACGGGAAGGGCAGAUCGACGAGUGAUGAGGAAGAGGGCAAAGGACUGGGCAGACGAUCAUCCAGAGAUGACACAGAAAUCUCUGUGGAGAGCGGACACUCGUCGGGACUCAAGGCCGCUGUCUCGCCGGCCAUACUGCUGGGAAUGGCCAUGGUCGCGAGAGGCGAGAUUGGGCUUCUCAUCGUGGAGAUUGGCUAUAACAACACGGACUAUGUCUCGAACGACGGAUUCGUGACUGCCGUGUGGGCGAUUCUGCUGAACACCAUCUUGGGACCUAUUGCUGUCGGGUUGAUGGUCAAGUAUAAAGCCAAGGACAUCGCGACAGGCGUGUGGGGUCUUGUGCCGAAGCAGGGCGAAGAGGAAUCUACGCAAAGUGGGCAUGAUGAUAGCAGGGCGACCGAGUGA